GAAGAGUUGCAUCUUCCUCCCAUUGCACACUCAGCGCAUGGCAGUAUUAAUACUGCGACUGUGAAGAUGGCUCCUCCUCGAAAUACCCGCGAAGCCUCGAUUCCAAAUACCACCGAAUACACCGAAUUCAUUCAGAAGUUGACUGAAUACCAUGAGAGGCGAGGAACCCACUUCGAGCCCGAACCCCGAGUCGGAGCCAAGCACGUCGACCUUCUCCAUCUCUUCAAGACCGUUGUUGAGCGCGGUGGAUAUGACAAAGUCAGUGAAGAGAAGCUAGCUUGGAGAAAGCUGGGUCAGGACUUCAACUUGGGCACGAACAAUCUCCCUGCUCUCGCCUUCAGUCUCAAGACAGCAUACUACAAAAAUCUUGCGGCGUACGAGAUCUCUAGCAUACACGGCAAGGAGCCGCCCCCGAAAGAGAUUCUUGAGGAUACCACGGCGAAAGGUGGAGGAUUGCUUACUCGAACUCUUGAAAACUACCGACCAUCGGCUCGAGCUACUCUAGGAAACGACCACUCCGAAGCAUCUGGCGACGACGGAACACCUGACAGGCAAAGAAAUGCAAGUGAAGAGACACCAGGCUCUGGAGGUAGGGUGACACGAGGUCUUCGACACGCUCCUCCGCAGAGGAUAUUGUUCCAACCGGAAACCUCGUCCCGUCAGACCAGGAACGUCUCGGCGACAUCUCAUGCUCCUUCCCCUCAACACCAUCCUAAUCACCACCAACAGCAUCAGCCCCGAGGCGCCUCGACAUCCUACAAUCCGAACAUGGAGCACCAGUCCCUUGCCGUCACAAAUUACGAGCCUCGACCCCAGAUGCCCCUCACCCUCCGCCCAGUCAUAACCCCCGGUAACAAUGCAGUCGAAUUCGCCAAGCGCCAAAAGCUUAUGAAAGAUGCUGCCCUCGCUGCCAGUGGAAGAACUCCGGCCGCAGGUAGAGGAGGCAUCAUGCUCCCUGGCUCUGGCUUUGACGGACCAAAUAUCUACGUUCGCUGCUUGUGCGCCUUGAGAUCUGGUAUUCCAGCCGAGCAAGAUUAUGCCCUGCACCAUUUGGUCAAAAUUUCGAUGGAACGUGGGGACAAAUACCGAUUCGAAGGAUUUCCCGGCUUAGCGGAGGCUUUGAUUGAGAAAGUCCUUGAGGUCAGCUCCUUGUUCUACAAAGUCGAUUGGCAAGUUCUCUAUAUGGACGAUGUUGCAACGCCCGGUGCAGAUAUCAUCAAUGGUUUAGAUGGUACUCCAGACAUUCUCCGAAAAAUCGCAAACCUCCCCAAAAUCGAUGUGGACGAUAACAUCCAAACCGCGGAGUUUAGUGACGCUCUAUUGCAAAUCAAUGAAGCUGCUCUAACCAUUCGAAAUAUGGUCAUGCUGGAGGAGAAUGCAUACUACGUUUCAGAAAUGCUCCCAUUGCGGGACUUUCUCAGCAUUGCCCUCAACCUUCCAAACCUCGAUUGCGUCGUUGAAUUAAAGCACUACGCUCUUGAUAUUGCCGAGCAACUCACCAAAUACCUCCACUUCGACGAAACGGACCCUCUGUACAUCUCGCUCCUCGCACAACUAUGUGACAACGACCGAGGUGCUAUCUUGACCGCGCUGAGGGCGAUUAGCAGAAUAUCUAUGAACCUGGAGGAGAACAACCUCCUGAAGGGCGUUCCCAUCAAGGUCGUUCAGAAUAUUAUCGAUUGGACCCUGCUCAACGAUGAAGACCUUGUUCAUGCCUGCUUGGACUUCCUCUACCAGUAUACCGCUGUGGUAGACAAUGUCGACUUUCUCAUCUCGGAGGUGCAGGUCGAGCCAUUGGUUAAUCAGCUCGUUCGCCUUUUGAUGCACAAUGCGGAGAAGAAGGAAAAGACACACUACUCUGGCUACCCGACUCGGAUACAGAUGCCUCCACAGAUUGCGCGCCUCCCCAGAGAAUUGCUUACUCAACUUCUCGCACUUCAAGAGCCUGAGCGCAGUUCUCAAUGGCUUCGUUCUCUGUUUGAGGAAGACCCUGAUGAGAAGAUCACUCAGAUCGCUCUAUGGCAAGCCUAUCAAGCAUGCUUCGCCUCGCAUGCUGCCCAAACGAAUGUACCGCUUUUGGCCGCUGCCGAUUUCAUCAAGAACGUUAGCACUACCUUUCAAGAUAAAGCCGCUGCGCAAGUCCAGCAAGGACUGAUUCAAAAAUUCAUAAUCAAAGGCAUCAGAUAUCGAAUCACCCCAAUCGACAUGAAAGGCGAGGAAUUCAGCAAGUGUUUAUGGCGAAGCCCUAGCGGCGAGUCUUGUGGCGAAUUCUUCAUGAGUCCAGAGACCAUGUAUCAACACAUCGUCAAAGACCACCAAGGUGCCAAUCAACUGGAAGGCGGUAAAUUUGAGAAUACAGCAGGGGAUUACACAUGUCGUUGGGAUCGAUGCCACAGAUUCGACACUGAACAUGCAACCACCUUGUUGCAAUUUGCAAGACACAUCAAAGUCCAUCUUCCGCCGAAAUCUUCUUCCACCAAGAUUUCACCCAAUUACUUUGGCCCCCCACCAGCGAAGAAACUGAAGCCGUCGUACCUCAUACCUCCUCCGAGUCAUUCUCUCGAAGAAAUCCAGACCGCUAUGGACGAACGCAAAGAAGCAGCUGGUAUUCCUCUCAGUGCUGUGCUGGUUCUUCGGAAUCUAGCACGAAAUCUGGCGAAGACUGAGGCCGAGGAGAUUGCGAUGAAGCUUGAGGGAGGCAUUUCCUGGGUUGAUAAGUUAUUCAAGCCGGUCGAGCGACGAUUAUUUGAGAUCAUGGCGCACAACCGUAGCUUGUUGCCAUACGUGACUGAUCUACUCGGUACCGCCGGCAAGGAUCCGUAGAUGAGUAAUUUGACACAUUGAGACUUUUAUCUGCUUCUCUAGCCUGGGUCAGCAUGGAGGAAAAUAUUUGGCGCAAAUGGGCGUAUUCAGGGAACGUGUGUAAGAUAGAUACCUGGUACUCUAGAGAAAUGCACUGAUAAUACACGACCCCUUGUUUCCUUGCG